CUCUCUCUCUCUCUCCAACCCCUUUCUCUCUCUACCUCUCUCUCUCUCUCCUCCUCCUCCUCCUCCUCAUACGUAUCCCUCCAUUUCCUCCCCAUUCGACCAAAUCCCUACUCUCUCUCUCGCUCUCUCUCGUCGCCAAUGGUGUUGGAUGCGAUGGUGCGAUGAGGCGAUCGUCGCCCGGCGCCGCGGCAGCCGCGGCCGCAUCGGUCCCACGCCGCCGCAGCCGCGUCCGAGCGCCGGGGAUCGGCGGUGGCGGAUCUCGGCGGAGGUGGGGCGGCGCCGCCGCGACCCCCCACCUCCAGUGGAAGCUUCACGAAGCGGAUCGCGGCACCUCCGAGGCGGAGCGCCGGAACGCGGCAGGAGAGGCGGCGGCUGCGGCGGCGCCGACGUUGUCGGCAAGGAAGCUCGCCGCGGGGAUGUGGCGGACGCUGCCCCCGGAGAGUGGGGGCGCAGGGGAGCGGCGAAGGGGGGCUAGAUUAGGGUUUGAGUCCAAUUCCGGACACCUCCACAUCCCGAUUACGGCUCGUGAUAGAAAGAAUGGCAUCUUGCAAAAGCUUGAAGAUUGUAAAACUUUAACCAAUAGCACAAUCGAGACAACAACCAAGUGGGACGCCGAGAUCUCAAAAGCUUCGGACAACUCUCGCCAAUUCCAUAAACUGGGUGCAGAGGUUUCCUUUGUUUCUUCCCUCCAAUUGGAGCUCGAGCAGGCCCGAACCCGCAUUAUCGAGCUCGAGGCUGAGAAGAAAUCGUCGAAGAAGCAACUCGAUCACUUCUUGAAAAAGGUUGCCGAGGAAAAAGCAUUGUGGAGGAUCAAAGAACAUGAGAAGGUCCGCAAUAUAAUAGAUUCCAUGAAGGACGAUCUCAACAGGGAGAGGAAAGGUAGGAAAAGAUUGGAAAUCGUAAAUUCCAAAUUGGUAAAUGAAUUAACCGAGGCCAAAUUGUCCAUGAAGAAAUUCUUGCACGACUAUGAGAAGGAGAGAAAGGCACGCGAGCUCAUGGAAGAAGUGUGCGAUGAGCUCGCCAAGGAAAUCGGAGAAGACAAAGCCGAAGUGGAGGGUUUGAAGAGGGAAUCAAUGAAGAUAAGAGAGGAGGUCGAGGAAGAGAGAAGGAUGUUGCAAAUGGCAGAGGUUUGGCGUGAAGAAAGAGUACAGAUGAAGUUGGUUGAUGCGAAAUUGACCCUCGAGCACAAGUAUUCGCAACUUAGCAACCUACAAGCUGAUUUAGAGGCUUUUUUAGCAGCGCAAGCUGGUACUGGUGCCGACACAGAAGCAUUUAGAGAAGCAGAAAUGCUCAGAGAAGCCAUCAGCACAAUUAGGAUUCACGAUAUGAAGGAAUUCACUUACCAGCCCCCUCCUGCUUCGGAGGACAUCUUCUCUGUGUUUGAAGAACUACAGCCAAGAGAAGAUGCAAAUGAAAGAGAGAUCGAACAAUGCUACGGAUUCAGCCCUGCAACAAGCCAUGCGUCGAGAAUCCACACAGUUAGCCCGGAGACUGAUAUAUUCUUAGAGAAACCAACAAGGAGGUACACCAACGAAGAUGCGGAAGAAGAUAGCGGGUGGGAGACUGUGAGCCAUGUGGAGGAGCAGGGCUCGAGUAAUUCCCCUAAAGGGAGCGACCCAUCAGUUACUGGGGUCUAUGCCGAUAAUAAUGCAUCAGUUAGCGGUACCGAUGAAAUUAGUGAGGUUUGUUCUACUAAUACUAGACAGUCUAGAAAGAAAGGGUCUUCGAUUGUUAGGCUGUGGAGAUCUUCAAACGGUGAGAAUUGCAAGAAAAUGGCGACAGAGUUGCAAAACGGGAGGGUUUUGCAUGGCAGGAUAUCGAAUGCGACACUAUCUCCUGAUCUUAAGUUAGGUGAUGGGAUUAUGAGCUCACCCAGUGUAGGGCAGUUGAGCUCGCCGGAUUCUUUAAACCCUAAUGUAGCCAAAGGGAUGAAAGGGUGUAUCGAAUGGCGACGUGGCAUGCAGAAGCACAGUUUGAAGGCAAAGUUGUUAGAGGCAAGGAUGGACGGCCAAAAGGUUCAGCUUCGCCAAGUUCUUAAACAAAAGAUAUAGUUAUUAUUGCAUCCGAAGGGCGAUGCUCUUUUCUACGAGGCUACAGCUGUGGCAGUUAAUUGAGAAGGGCGAGAACCACCUACACAUUGCUGUUGUACAUUGGAUGUUACUGCCGCUUAUACGGCCUCGAAGCUUUGGUAAGAAAAUUGAGUACCAUGUUAACCACCUCUUUUAUAUGUUGUAUUAUUUAACCAUUGUAUAAUUUCUUAGCAAUGAUAAACAUUUUGUCAGCUGUAAACCUUAUCCUGGUACCAACUAGUUGUAUCUCCUACCGAAGUUAGCAGCACUGUAGUUUCUAUUGUAAUCUAUUCUCAUUAUGCUGUUCAAUAUAUAAACAAGCCAUGGCGCCCGCAUACUAAUUCCUGCA